AACAGUGCGUAUCGGGUUAGGUUGUUAGAAAGUUAAUGGCUGGGGGAAAGAGAUCCUCCUCAACCCUCGCUUCGGGAGAGUUUCUGGAUUCCCUGAAGUAAAAUCACGCAAAUAUCUUAAAAGAAAGAGCCUGGACGGACGUUUAAGUCAACAACUAGCUCGUUAACAUACGUAUCGUGAACAUAAGUAUGCAGGAUGCAGUAGCCGGGACGGCAAUGCUGACGGACGGCUUCGAGGACGAGAUUGACUCGGUGACUCCUCGCUCCCCAGUGGCAGGGAUGGGGGUAGGAGCGACACCAGGAGGAGUCGGACUAGGGGGCAUUGGGAUUGGUGUAGGUGGAAAGAAAGUACGUUUAUACGGUGAACCAGGUGGGCCUGCUGCAGAAAGACUGGAUUUCAAACUAGCGGCUGCGGCCGUCCUCUCCUCGGGUCCAGGAUCCGGCAGCGACGAAGACGAGGUUUCAGAGGUGGAGUCAUUCAUUUUGGACCAGGAGGACCUGGAUAACCCCAUCAUGAAGACAGCGUCAGAGUUGCUUUUGUCCAGCGCCACAGAUGGAGUAGAUUUGAGGACUGUUGAUCCAGAAACACAGGCCCGACUUGAAGCUCUACUGGAAGCUGCAGGCAUCGGUAAACUGUCCACUGCCGAUGGUAAAGCUUUUGCAGACCCCGAGGUGCUACGGCGACUGACGUCAUCUGUGAGUUGUGCCCUGGAUGAAGCUGCAGCAGCCCUGACCCGCAUGAGAGCUGAAAACACACUCAACGCCGGCCAAGCCGACAAUCUGGUUAUUUUCAGCCGUAGUUUAGCAGAGGCGUGCUCAGAUGGGGAUGUCAACGCUGUGCGCAAAUUACUGGAUGAGGGACGGAGCGUCAACGAACACACAGAGGAAGGGGAGAGCCUGUUAUGCCUCGCCUGCUCAGCUGGCUACUAUGAACUUGCACAGGUUUUGUUGGCCAUGCAUGCCAAUGUGGAGGACCGGGGCAUUAAGGGGGACAUAACGCCACUUAUGGCAGCUGCCAGCGGAGGUUAUGUGGACAUAGUGAAACUACUUCUGGUCCACGGGGCAGAUGUUAAUGCACAAUCCUCCACAGGCAACACAGCUCUGACGUACGCAUGUGCCGGUGGCUUCGUGGAUGUGGUAAAGGUGCUGCUGAAAGAGGGUGCUAAUAUUGAGGACCACAACGAGAACGGACACACACCUCUAAUGGAGGCGGCCAGUGCUGGCCACGUCGAGGUAGCCAGGGUACUCUUGGAGUAUGGCGCCGGAAUCAACACACACUCCAAUGAGUUCAAAGAGAGUGCUCUCACACUCGCCUGCUACAAAGGUCACUUGGACAUGGUGCGGUUUCUGUUGGAGGCUGGAGCAGACCAGGAACAUAAAACAGAUGAGAUGCACACAGCACUGAUGGAGGCAUGCAUGUCCCAGGACGGCCAUGUGGAGGUGGCACGGCUGCUGUUGGACAGCGGUGCGCAGGUCAACAUGCCAGCCGAUUCAUUUGAGUCGCCCCUUACCCUUGCAGCCUGUGGCGGACACGUGGAGCUGGCAGCCUUGCUCAUAGAAAGAGGAGCCAACUUGGAGGAGGUCAAUGAUGAGGGCUACACCCCUCUGAUGGAGGCAGCUAGAGAAGGCCAUGAGGAGAUGGUAGCACUGCUGCUGGCUCAAGGUGCUAACAUCAAUGCCCAGACAGAGGAGACCCAGGAGACAGCUUUGACUCUAGCAUGCUGUGGGGGCUUCUUGGAAGUGGCCGACUUCCUCAUCAAGGCAGGCGCCGACAUUGAGUUGGGCUGCUCCACCCCGCUAAUGGAGGCUGCACAGGAAGGCCAUCUGGAGUUGGUCAAAUACCUACUGGCUGCAGGGGCAAACGUUCAUGCCACCACGGCAACGGGUGACACAGCGUUGACAUAUGCGUGUGAGAACGGACACACUGAUGUGGCGGAUGUGCUGCUGCAGGCCGGAGCCAACUUGGAACAUGAGUCUGAAGGGGGGCGGACGCCCUUGAUGAAGGCAGCAAGGGCGGGACAUCUCUGUACAGUGCAGUUCCUUAUCAGCAAAGGUGCUAAUGUGAACAGAGCUACUGCCAAUAAUGAUCACACAGUGGUGUCUCUGGCCUGCGCUGGAGGACAUCUGGCUGUGGUGGAGCUGCUGCUGGCACACGGGGCAGAUCCUACACACAGACUCAAAGAUGGUUCAACCAUGUUGAUAGAAGCUGCUAAGGGCGGCCACACCAAUGUGGUGUCCUACCUGUUGGACUACCCCAACAACAUCCUGUCUGUCCCAGCCCCUGAUCUCUCCCAGCUCACUCCCCCCUCGCAAGAUACCUCUCAGGUUCCUCGUGUCCCAUUCCAAGCUCUCGCCAUGGUAGUGCCCCCUCAGGAGCCCGACCGUGCCCCAUCAAAUAUCGUUACACCCCCACCCGUCUCCAGCAAAGGCGUGUCCAAACAGAGACAGGCAGCCCUUCAGCCCGGUGUCCCCAGCUCAGUUGGCCGGGGGCCUGAAGCAGAGCCUCUGCCGCCCUUCCACUUGUGCCAGCCUCUCGAGUGCAUCGUGGAGGAGACGGAGGGGAAGCUGAACGAGCUGGGCCAGAGAAUCAGCGCUAUUGAGAAGGCCCAGCUUCAGUCACUAGAGCUAAUUCAGGGGGAGCCGCUCACCAAAGAUAAGAUUGAGGAGCUGAAGAAGAGCCGAGAGGAGCAGGUGCAGAAGAAGAAGAAAAUCUUGAAGGAGCUGCAGAAGGUGGAGCGCCAGCUGCAGCUGAAAACACAGCAACAGUUCACCAAAGAGUACAUGGAGGCGAAGGGUUUAAAGGAGGAGCAGGAGGCCGGACAGAGCCAGGGCCCAGGCCCGGGUCCCGGAAGUACGACGUCUGCUUCAGGGCCCCUUCCCACCACACCAGGUGCCCUAGUACACACCAGCUCUGACACGGAUGAAGAGGCCAUCAAAGAUGGGGAGCAAGAGGAGCUGCCAGGAGAGGAAGGGGAAGAGGAAGAGGAAGACGAUGACGAAGAGGAGGGCUCAGAGGAAGAGGCAGAUGGAGAAGAGGACGAUUACCUCAAGCUUCCUCGGGUGGGCACAAUCCUCCAAAGCAAUGCGCCACAGCAGCCACAGCAGCCUCCUCUGCCCCCUUCGCCACAGGCCCAGGCCCAGCCCCAGCCUCCUCCUCCACCCCUUCAGGCUGCCUUCGUCCCUAUCCAACCCCUGCCAGAUUACAACCCUGCAGACUACCCAGGAAGCACCAGCCCAGAGCUGCAGAGGGUACUGGUGGGGCAGCAGAUGCUGGGCCAACAACAGCAGGGUCAACAGUUGGCUGGGUUAGGCCCAGGAAUGAUACCUCAGCAGGCCCCAGAUGGGCUCAUGGUAGCUACACCUGCACAGACGCUCACAGACACGCUGGAUGACAUCAUGGCAGCUGUGAGCAGCCGUGUGCCCAUGCUGAACACUACAACCUCACCCACACCCCUGUCCCAGCCACCCACACAGAUGCCCGCAAACAUCGCCUCGCCCCCUUCAGUCCUGCCCCUCUACCCCUCUGUUGACAUAGAUGCACAUACGGAGAGUAACCAUGACACAGCACUGACGCUGGCGUGCGCAGGAGGACAUGAGGAGCUCGUGUCUGUCCUCAUUGCACGGGGAGCCAACAUUGAGCAUCGCGACAAAAAAGGUUUUACUCCGCUGAUCCUGGCUGCCACUGCUGGCCACGUAGGAGUGGUGGAAGUGCUCCUGGACAAAGGGGGUGACAUUGAGGCUCAGUCAGAGAGAACCAAAGACACGCCCCUCUCCCUGGCCUGCUCUGGGGGACGCCAGGAGGUGGUUGAGUUGCUGCUGCUUAGGGGAGCCAAUAAGGAACACCGCAAUGUUUCAGACUACACGCCUCUUAGCCUGGCUGCUUCUGGGGGUUACGUCAACAUCAUCAAGAUACUCCUCAAUGCUGGAGCUGAGAUUAACUCCAGGACUGGCAGUAAGCUGGGAAUCUCUCCUCUGAUGCUGGCGGCUAUGAAUGGUCACGUACCGGCAGUGAAGCUGUUGCUCGAUAUGGGCUCGGACAUCAACGCCCAGAUUGAGACCAACAGAAACACAGCUCUGACCCUAGCAUGCUUCCAGGGGCGGGCUGAGGUCGUCAGUCUGCUGCUAGAUCGCAAGGCCAACGUAGAGCAUCGUGCUAAGACUGGCCUUACUCCUCUGAUGGAGGCAGCCUCAGGAGGUUAUGCAGAGGUGGGCCGAGUGCUGCUGGAUAAAGGCGCUGAUGUCAACGCUCCCCCUGUUCCCUCAUCCCGAGACACUGCCCUCACCAUUGCUGCAGACAAGGGCCACUACAAGUUUUGUGAGCUACUUAUCAACAGGGGUGCCCAUAUCGACGUACGAAACAAGAAAGGGAACACUCCUCUCUGGCUUGCAGCAAACGGUGGCCAUUUUGACGUGGUCCAGCUCUUGGUGCAUGCCAGUGCUGAUGUGGAUGCAGCCGACAACCGCAAGAUUACCCCACUCAUGGCUGCUUUUCGGAAGGGUCAUGUGAAGGUGGUGCAGUAUCUUGUGAAGGAAGUCAACCAAUUCCCAUCAGAUAUUGAGUGCAUGAGAUAUAUCGCCACAAUCGCUGACAAGGAGCUGUUGAAGAAGUGCCACCAGUGCAUGGAGACCAUUGUCAAAGCCAAAGACCAGCAGGCAGCCGAGGCCAACAAGAAUGCUAGCAUUCUCCUCAAGGAGCUAGACUUGGAGAAGUCCCGGGAGGAGAGCAAGAAACAGGCCCUGGCUGCUAAACGUGAGAAGCGUAAAGAGAAACGCAAGAAGAAGAAGGAGGAGCAGAAGAGGAAGCAGGAGGAAGAGGAGGGGCAGAAAACCAAGGAGGAGUUCUUUGAGAUGCAGGAGCAGAAGGAGGAUUCAGCUGACGAAACAGAGGUUCCUAUUGAGCCUCCAAGUGCAACCACCACCACCACCAUUGGUAUAUCUGCCACCUCCACCACUUUCACUACAGCUUUUGGUAAGAAGCGAGCAAGUGUGGCCACUACCCCAAGCACCAAUCGCAAGAACAAAAAGAACAAAACCAAGGACUCUUCGCCCAACGAACCCAUCAUAUUACAGGAUCCGCAGGUUGCACUAGCACAGCACAAGGCUGACAAGAACAAGAUCCACGGUGAGCCACGGGGUGGGGGUGGGGGAGUGACAGGUGGCAACAGCGAUUCUGACCCCUUGGAUAGCACCGACUGUGCCAGUGAGAGCAGCAGCAGCGGGGGCAAGAGUCAGGAGCUCAACUACCUCCCUGACCUCACCUCCUCCGCCUCCUCCUACUCCUCCUCUUCCUCCUCCUCCUCUUCCUCAGCCCCCUCCUCAGGAGCAGCCCAGUCCCAGGCCCUCCUGCGCGGCCCAGAGAAGAGACACUUUCCUCAGCCGCAGACUGACGGCAAGGUGGACAACAAGGUCACAGUGUCCAUCUCAAAACCAACGCAAAAAGCUCCGGACAUGAACGACUCCACCUCCAACUCCUUGCCCUCUCCAUUCAAGACCAUGGCUCUUCCCGUCACCUCACCCAACAGCAAACUCAGCCUCACAAGCCCCAAGAGAGGUCAGAAGAGAGAAGAAGGUUGGAAGGAGGUGGUCAGACGAUCAAAGAAGCUGUCUGUGCCAGCCUCUGUUGUGUCUCGGAUCAUGGGCCGGGGAGGCUGCAACAUCACAGCCAUCCAGGAUGUGACAGGAGCUCACAUUGACGUAGACAAACAGAAGGACAAGAACGGGGAGAGGAUGAUCACCAUCAGAGGAGGCACAGAGUCCACAAGGUAUGCAGUCCAGCUGAUCAAUGCUCUAAUCCAAGACCCAGCCAAAGAGCUUGAAGAUCUGAUCCCCCGGAAUCACAUCAGAGCCCCAGGCUCUAAAACGACCUCAGCUUCCUUCCCAAGUACCACAGGGGCCUCCAGCGGUUCAACCACUGGGCCAAAGGCCCUAAGCUCGUUGGUCACCUCCACAGGCGUCUCGUUCCAGCCCUCUUCAUCCUCGUCUUCAUCCUCCUCUCAGGCCGGGGGAAAGAUUGGGAAGGGGCUCUCAUCAAAUGUCAGACAGCCUUUCCCUGUGUCUUUGCCCUUGGCGUACGCCCACCCUCAGCUGGCUCUACUGGCCGCUCAGACCAUGCACCAGAUCAGACACCCUCGUCUACCCAUGGCCCAGUUUGGUGGCACCUUCUCUCCCGCCGCCAGCACCUGGGGACCCUUCCCUGUGCGUCCUGUUAGUCCCGGCAGUGCUAACAGCUCUCCCAAACACAAUGGAGGAACCAACAGCACUGGAGGCCAGGCCAGACCCAACUCGACCCAUAGUGAGCACAGCAACACAGUCAGCUCAGGAGCCUCAGUCACGACCACCAACACCACCACCAUCAGUGCUCCUAACACAUCUACAGCCUCGCCUCAUACUCCUAAUCCUACCCCAUACAAUCCCCAGCCGAGCAUCCCCACUCCUUCCUCUGUCAGAAAACAGCUCUUCGCCCCUGACCCCAAGCCUACUGGUGUCACCCCUGUGUCUGUUGCCGCCACUUCUACUAGUGGCAGCAAUGCAGUACGAGGCACAGGUUCUCCUGCACAUCACAGUUCCACUACAACUACCGCUAAUCCCCCUCAGCAGCCAGUCGGUCCUAUCUCACAGCCCCCCAUCCAGCCAACUAAAACAGAGCCCAGUUCCGUUGCCCCUCCUGGAAAAGACAAACCCUCUCUACCUGUAGAGAACCAGCCUUUGUCUGUCAGUGAGAGCAUCAACUCUGUGGGUUUCACGGCCCCUGCCAUGGCUUUACCUCCCAAGCCAGAGCCUCGACAGCAGUUACCUCCCCCUCCCUCCUCUGUACCCUCCUCAGAGGCGCCACCACCCCUCCUCAACCCGCAGCACAGCUCCCACCUCCCCUCAGCACCUCCUCCUGUCCUCUCACACAAUGUUGCACACCCCAACAACACUGUACCCCACUUCUCAGCCCCUGCGCCCAGAGUCUCCCAUCGUAUGCAGCCACCAGGGCCUUACUAUUCCCUUCCUGAGCAGCAGCAGCAGCAACAACAGCAGCAGCAACAGACGCAACAACAAUCUGUGUUUGUGCCCUUCAAUGCUCAGCAAGAACCCCUGAAACAGAACCAAAACCAGACGUCCCAGCCCACAAAUUUGCCUCCACAAGCCCAGACCCAAGCUCAAGCCCAGGCUCCAGGCUCCCUUCAGGUCUCUGCUAACCUGGGGAUGAUGAAUGGUUCCCAGAUGCAGCAUGUGGCCAAUGCAGGCAAGCCUCAGCAGAUACCCCCCAACUUCGGUCCUGCAGGCCUCUUCAACUUCAGCAGCAUCUUUGAUAACAAUAACCAGGUUGGAAACAAUCAGGUGUGGGGUGCAUGCCAUCUACCAACUCGAUCACCUCCAGAACAGUCGUACUCAGCCCCACCAGCCUACAUGAGCAUGGGCCAGAUGGAGAAUAUGAUGCCCCCACCUCCUCCAGACAGCUCCAAAGCCCCUGGCUACCGCUCUGCCUCACAGAGGAUGGUCAACAGCCCCAUCGCUUUGACCAGUUAUGCCACCAGUAUGUCUGGCAGCCCUGUGUAUCUGCACGGUCAUACACCAGUUGGCACACCCUCAUUCAGCAGACAGCACUUUUCCCCUCACCCAUGGAGUGCAUCCACAUCAGGUGAAUCUCCUGUCCCGCCUCCCUCUACGGUGUCAUCUUCUGCCCUUUCCACCUCAGCUGUGGCCCCCCCUCCCCAGCCUAAGCCAGGCAGCUCCUCGCAGCAGGACCGGAAGGUCCCCCCACCCAUCGGCACAGAGCGGCUGGCUAGGAUCAGGCAGACGGGUUCUGUCAACCCACCUCUCCUCACCACCAGCUACACGGCAUCUGUUGGACAGGGAGGCAUUUGGUCGUUCGGGGUCGGCAGUGCUUCAGAGGCCAUGUCUGGUUGGUCCCAGCCCCUGAUGAGCAGCCACAUGAUGCACCCUCAGCAGCAGGCAGAGCAGUCUGCCUUCUCUCAGCACCAGCCCAUGGAGCAGGACGACACAGGCAUCGCAAACCCUGCUAACAACUACCACCCGCCUCAGCAUUUGCCCAACAGUUACAUGGACUUCCCAAAGGGCAUGCCUAUGUCAAUGUAUGGAGGAACAAUGCUGCCCCCUCAUCUUCCCAUGGCAGAGGGGCCGGGGGGACCAAUGUACAAUGGUUUGCACGCUGGUGACCCCGCAUGGAGCCCCAUUAUCAAAGUGGUCCCCAACAAUGCAGAUAACUCUGACCCACAACAGCAGGUGUGGCCUGGUACCUGGGCACCUCAUGUGGGCAAUGUGCACUUGAACCACGUCAACUAGACCGCGUCCACAGCAAUCAAACGCACACAGCAUGACCCACAGCGCAAACAUGAAAUACCAACUGACGAAUAUGACCGAAUAAGACAAACGAAAAAAGAAAAACGUACAUGUUAACUUUAGUAGAGACCUGAGAGUGCAGAGCAGAGGUUGAAGAAUUGGAAGUUCUUUUGACGCCAUUCUUUGAUGUGCCUAUCUCAAACAAGGAAAGGAAAUUUGGCGAGAGCUAUUAGCAGUGUCCCGAUGAUGCAAACAAACAUGCGCGAUCACCUGUUCAACAGGAUCCAUUCUCUGCGUAGUUUAGCGAUUUUGACUUAAACCCACAUACACCGUUCUUGGGCUGCAGGGGGCUCAACAUGAAGUAGCUAUUUAAACUUGGCCCAGAACUAGAUGAUGAUUACCUAAAGAGAAAGAGAAAUCAGAACCUUUUAGAGUGGUAAAUACAUGUAUAAUUGUUUACAUACUAAAAAGGGUUAAAAUGAGAGUAAAUUUCAUGUCGUAUAGUGGCUCUACUUUAUGUAGCCUGUAUUAAUGUGAAAUAUUUACCUUAAUAUUCAAUAAAAAGAUUGAAAAGUA